CCGCUGGUAGGGUUUAUUCACAAAAACUCUCCCUUCUGCUCCUCCGAAAGACGUAGCUGCUUCUGCGAUUCAUUUCAGCUCCUUCUUCUUACUUCUCGAGCUUUACGAAUCGCUAAUCAUGGCAAACACGAUGGCUAGAUCUUUCCUACAGGUAGCUGCUACAGAGGAGGUUGCUUCCCCUCUUAAAUUUGUUCAGAUUGAAGGAUUGGUUAUAUUGAAGAUAAUCAAGCAUUGCAAGGAGUUUUCUCCAGCUCUUGUGACUGGGCAACUUCUAGGGUUAGAUGUUGGUAGCACUCUUGAAGUUACUAAUUGCUUUCCCUUCCCGACUCGGGAGGAGGAUGAGGAGAUUGAAGCUGAUGGUGCUAAUUACCAGCUUGAAAUGAUGAGAUGUCUGAGAGAAGUCAAUGUUGACAAUAAUACUGUCGGAUGGUACCAGUCAACCUUUUUAGGUUCAUAUCAGACAGUAGAGCUGAUUGAGACCUUUAUGAACUAUCAGGAAAAUAUUAGACGAUGUGUCUGCAUAAUUUAUGACCCAUCGAGGUCCAAUCAAGGCGUCUUAGCUCUGAAAGCGUUGAAGCUUUCAGAUUCUUUUAUGGAGCUUUACCGCAGUAACAACUUCACAGGAGAGAAGUUGAGGGAGAAGAACCUAUCCUGGGUGGGAAUUUUUGAGGAAAUACCUAUAAAAGUUUCAAAUUCAGCUCUGAUUAGUGCUUUUAUGACGGAGCUUGAAGCCGACUCUCCAGUCACCCAGUGUGAUUAUGACCGACUGCAACUUUCAACCAACCCAUUUAUGGAGAGGAAUGUGGAAUUUCUGAUCGAGUGUAUGGAUGAUUUGUCAGUGGAGCAGCAGAAGUUUCAAUUCUAUUAUCGGAGCCUGACCCGUCAGCAAGCCCAGCAGCAAGCAUGGCUUCAGAAGAGAAGGGCCGAGAACAUGACGAGGAAGGCAGCAGGAGAAGAACCUCUCCCUGAGGAGGAUCCUUCAAACCCGAUCUUUAAACCACUCCCCGAGCCAUCGCGUUUGGAUAGCUAUCUCAUAACGAAUCAAAUAGCAAAUUACUGCAACCAAAUUAAUGGGGUUGCCGGACAGAGUUUCAACCGACUCCAUUUGAUGAAGGCUUUGCACGACAAUUGAUUUUUGACGCUUUAAGAAGGUCUAUUCUCUUCGCUGCGUCUACUUUUUGUAAUGCAUAUGGUUAAAGCAAUCUGAAUUUUGAGAAGGGUAAAACUAGAGAUUUUAUUUGAUAUGACGACUCGAAUUUGAGUUGCUGUAAUCUAUUUUUAAUUUUAGUCAAUAUCAUUGUUUUUAAAUGUUCCAAAA